AUAUAAAAAACUUGAUUAAUUUGCAGGAACACGUGUAAAAUUAAACUCUUUAUCUUGAAACUAAACUCUAGAUAAAGAGACUAUGACUCUAUGAUUUUAUCGAUUUUAUUAUCAUUAUUUUUGAGUCGCUACAAAGGUUGAGACGCAAAAAUGCUGAAAAUGUCAUCUCUAUUAAGUGCCAGUUAUGGCCGUUAUGACCUUAAAAGAAUUUUCAUUUUCUAUGUCACCAGGAAAUUCAAAUCAACCUCAAACAAGGUUGAGCUGACUCAGGUACGGUACCCUAAAUUAAAGAGAGGAGGCUUUGCCACCCUCAAUGACAGGCAUCUGACAACCUUCAAAAACAUUUUGCCUGCUGUAAGGGUUUUGACCUCUGAAACGGACGACCUCGAGCUCUUCAAUACAGACUGGGCGCGAACAGUCCGAGGCAACAGCUCGGUGGUCCUGAUACCAAAGACGACGGAGGAGAUUUCGGAAAUAUUACAGUUUUGCAAUCAAGAAAAACUGGCCGUGUGCCCUCAGGGUGGAAACACAGGUCUGGUUGGCGGCAGUGUGCCCGUGUUUGACGAGGUCAUCCUUAGCACUUCUCUGAUGAAAAAGAUUGACCUCAUUGACACCGAUUCAGGCGUAAUUGUUUGUGAGGCUGGUUGCAUCCUUGAAGAUCUUGACAAUGCUCUUAAGGAUAAAGGACUGAUGAUGCCUCUUGACCUGGGGGCCAAGGGCAGUUGUCAGAUUGGCGGGAAUAUCUCUACAAAUGCUGGAGGUCUUCGGCUUUUGCGCUACGGCAGCAUGCAUGCCAACACUUUGGGGCUAAUUGCUGUCAAAGCUGAUGGCACUAUAGUGGACUCUCUCAGCUGCUUAAAAAAAGACAACACUGGAUAUGCCUUGCACCAUUUGUUCAUCGGAUCCGAGGGCACCUUGGGAGUUGUCACAAAAGUGGCCAUCCAGUGCCCACCAGCGCCUAAAGCUGUCUCGCUAAUGUUUCUAGGUCUUCAAGAUUUUGACGCUGUUCUGAAAACGACGCAGAAGGCCAAACACCUUCUUGGAGAAAUUCUGUCCGCUUGUGAAUUGAUGGACCUCGAGUGCGCUGAUGCAGUGACGGAAAAUAUGAAAAUCAAACUUCCGCUCGCAAAAAUGCCGUUCUACAUUAUUCUUGAAUCGUCUGGCAGCAACUUGGCUCACGAUGAGGAAAAGCUCAAUAAUUUUUUGAAAGUUUUAAUGGAUGAAGGCCUUGUCAUCGAUGGAACAGUGAUCACAGAGCCAUCCAGAAUUAAAUCCGUGUGGCAUAUCAGAGAAUGCGUUGCUGAGGCACUUUUGAGAGAUGGGUAUGUUUACUCGUAUGAUAUAACUCUGCCUGCUCGAAAUUUCUACGACCUUGUUCCUUUUUUCAAUGACAAAGUCAAAGAAGCUGGCGCAAUUCGUUGUUGCGGUUUAGGUCACUUAGGUGAUGGAAAUCUUCACUUUACCGUAAGUUCAGCCGAGUUUUCACACAACAUCAAGGGCUUGAUUGAACCGUUGAUUUAUGAGUGGACCUCUAAGCACAGGGGCAGUGUCAGUGCCGAGCACGGCAUUGGGCUGAUGAAAAGGGACUUUUUGAAGUAUUCCAAGAGUGAGGCUGCUAUUGAAGUAAUGCGAGGUAUUAAAAGUGUUUUGGAUCCGAAUGGAAUUCUCAACCCAUAUAAAGUGCUGCCUGCUAUAGCUGAGUAGAAUAUAUUGAUAAGUUACAAGAUCUUGUGAUGAAAAUGUAUUUUUUUAAAUUAAUUAAGAGUUGUUAUAUCUUGGAGCAUCAUGAUUUGUAAAAUGAAAAAAAUACUUUUACGCCAGUAAAAGUGAUAUUUUUUGUAACAAUAAUUUUCUACUUAUAUAGCUGAGGAAUGUAAAGCAUUGUAUGACUGCUCGUAGAUUUGGUAUAUAUGUCACGUUGGCUUAUAUGUAAGAGGGGGACAUGCGAACUUAUUGAAAAUGCUGUGAAACCAUAACAAUUCAAGUGAUUGAUCACGGCAAAAGAGAGAGUGGGGAAUAUUUUUGGAAUGACUUUUGGCAGACUGUGUGCACGCGAGUAUAAUAACUUUACAAAACUUAUUACGAUGCAGUACAUGCACCUGUGCUAUUUUUUUUUUUUAUAUAUAUUUUACCAAAACAUCAAUGUUGACCAUAAAUUGAUGAAAAAAUUUAAUUUUUUUUUGUUAUUAAAUUUUCAAUACAUGAAACAAUGGUGAAUUAAAAAAUAUAUAUCAUUUAUAUUCUUAUUUUUCUGUUAACCUUCAUAAAACUAUAAUAAAAAUAACAUAAUUGUUAUAAAUGCAAUUAAUUUUUUAAAUAUAUGUUAAGCUGAACAAUUUUAUAAACUUAAUAGGACAGCUAGGUUAAAAAAUUAUUAAAGUAGCAAUUUCUUUAUUUUCUUAUUCCUACUUACAAGUUUUUUUUCUUCCUUUUUAACGUGCUAAGUAAAUGCAAUUUUGAAAAUAAUGUAGAAUAAAUAAAUAUU